AUGGAGCCUCAUAAACAUCUGUUCAAAGGUUAAAUUAUAGUCACUUUAUUUGCUUUCUGUUUCCCAGAAUUGCAGUCUGCACCAUUGGAGUGAAAGUAAAAGUCGCAAAAAAAAUUGUGAUUUUUACACCAUAUGCCUUCCACCAGAUUCACUAAAGAUCGUGUGACUUCAAAAUGACUCCAGUUCUUCCAGCAAUUAUCAAAUAUUUUGUCAUGGUCCUUGGGAACACCAUGAGUUCCCACAAGACCUUUCUGGAUCAUCUCUCAAUUUCAACUAAACUUUGCGAAGUGUUUUUAGUUAAAGACAGCGAUGUCAUUAUUGCUUUUGUCCCGAUUGUGUCUCGGGCUGGGACUGACAUUUCAGCUGCAAUGGAAAAGAUCCCUAUGGGUAAUCCUGUUGUUCUCGUGGUGCUCCAUCACACAUUCGAUCCGUAUUACAUGGCUCCAGACAGCAAACUCUGUGUAAAAAGGGACAGAGUGUUUGUUGUUGAUUGUCUCUAUUAUGAAGAUCAGGGGUUUCUAAGAUGCCCGCGCAAUGAUGAAGCGAUCAGAGCCGUGAGGGAGCACCUGAGAAUCGAGGAUCAGGUUACUAUACACGUCAAACCUGUGGAGGAUAGCGACAAUUGCAACUGGAUCUGGCCUGUUAUAGGUUGUACUGGGGGUAUUAUUUUGGGUGUUGGUGCGAGUAUUCCUCUGAGUCAUGUUGCAGGUGCUAUCGUGGGUGUUGUUGUAGGUAUUAUUGCAGGCGGUACCCUGAUCAUUAUUACAUUUGUUGUGUGGGUUAAAUACAGAUAGUGUUGUGUCUUAAAUCAACAAUGGUUUAAUUUAUGAUUAAUUGCAUGGUGCAUGAUGUUUCACCCUAAAGCUAUUGUCAUGUGCAUGUCUGCAAUAUAAGCAUUUACAAUAUAAUGCACUAGAUUUCAAGUGCUUUGGAUAAAUAGAUACAAGAUAAAUGAAUAUCCUCCAGCUAAAGCAUUAAUGUGUAUUUAUACAGUAUGUAAAAUAUAUUAUAUCAAAGACUAUAGUAGCAGUUUAAUCUCUUUAGCUUGGGUUUGUGUGUGUACAGUACAUUAUGUGUGUCAGUAAGAAAGAAAGUGAAAAACUUAAAGAUGUAAUUAUAAUUUAAAUAUAUAAAGAAUUCUGUCGUGUGUUUGUGUGUGUGUUGUGAAUUAGCCUGUGUGUAAAAAGUGUCUAAAACUCAUCCAGUAAUGUAAUACUGUUUAUUAGAUUUUAAAGAGUAAACACAUUUGCUUCCAAAUUCCUCUGAUCUCUCAGUUUAUACUGUACAUUUAAAACCUGUAUGUAGAAUAUUCAUAUUUCUGUGAACCUGCGUUGUGACAAUAUGCAACAAGCAACAUGCCAAAUAAUGGCAUGUUAACGAAGUGACCCUAUACAGAGCGUCUGAACAUGUCAUGUGGGACUGUUGAGGG